AAAAUUACCAGAUUACUAGUAUAGGUAAUAGUUACCUGUUUAGAAAUAAUUAAAUAGAAUAUUAAAGAGUGUGAAUGAAUUUAUUUGCCAUAGUUACAAGUUACUGAUCAAUAUUUAAUUAUUUUUGGGUGGUCUAUCAUAUUUACUUUGUUAAAUCAUUAAAAAAAGAAACAGAAAAUAUAGGAAUAUAAAGCUGAAACUUCCAAAAAAUAAAGAAAAUGUUAUACAUGAAUAUUGAUUUCAAAUGUGACAAAGUUUCAGAUAAGUUGAAGAUAAAGGAUCUUUAAAUGUCUUAAGAGGUAAUCAAUCAUUGGAAAUUGGUAUAACCUUACUUCAAUUAAUGCCAUUUUAUUUGUGACAACUGGGUAAAUUAUCUUCGAAAUUGUGGUUUUUAAACUCAGCAAUUCAAAUAAAAAUGGGUUGCUGAAUAGGUCACAGGAUGUAUGGAUCUAUAACGAAAAGUCACUUGAAAGAAUGCUACCCUUGGCUUGUCAAUCCUUACCUUUACGUCUACAUCAAAUCCUCCUUGUUUAUCGAUUAUGCUUCCCAGACAGUGUACCACUUGAUCAAAAAAAUCCGUAAGCCAACUAUGCUGAAGAAUUCGUCAGCGACCUCACAAAGUACUCCUCUAAAAAUUCUUCAAAUCAAUAAAACUAUAGCAAACCAUAUUUUAAGCACUAGAUUUUAUCCAAACUUUUAACUUGCAAUGGACAAGAAUUAAAAUGAGAAUCAAGAUCUAUCCAUUUCAUUUACUUUAUCUAAUGUUUUAUGCUCUUGGGAAACAUUAUUCGUAUCUCCACUUACAUUUAUCAUGUCAUAUAACUUAG